CACUACGUUCGACUGUGUACGAUGUCACGUGAUGGGAAGCGCGUGCUGUGCGUGGGGCUGGUGUGUCUGGAUAUAGUGAAGAUGGUUGAACACUACCCCCAGGAAGACUCCGACCAACGGUGUUUGGAUUGCAUAUGGCAACGUGGUGGCAACGCAUCAAACACGUCAUCAGUUUUGGCGUUACUGGGGCAACCAGUGGAAUAUUUCGGAACGGUAGCACAAUCUCAAGAACUAAGGUUUCUCAGGGAGGAUUUUGCCAGCUACGGGGUCAGCCUUGACCACAUCGUUGUGUGCCCGGACACGUCCUGCCCACUGUCUGUGGUCAUCGUCAACACCCGCAACGGCUCCAGAACCAUACUGCAUACUAACAACAAUCUGAGAGAAGCCAAUGCGGACGACUUCACGGCAAUAGAUCUUUCCAGGAACAAAUAUAAAUGGAUACAUUUCGAGUGUCGGCCCAAUGUGCAGGAGACCGCCCUAAUGUUGGAGCAUGUGCAGAAUCAUAAUAAAACAGCAGGACUACACAGCAUUGUUACCUCUGUCGAGUUUGAAAAAAUAGGUCGGAACGGGUGUGAGCAGCUCUUCGCACUGCCGGACUACCUAUUUCUGAGUAAGGAGUUUGCCCAGCAUUUCGGCUAUGACAACAUGGAAGAUGCUGUUGCAGGCUUCUCCGCCAAGACUAAACCUGGAGCCACGGUCAUCUGUGCUUGGGGUGACAAGGGUGCUGCGUCCAAGUCGUCAGAUUCAGACGUAGUUAUCUCCCCUGCUGUAAAACUUGAACGGGUCGUUGACACCUUGGCGGCUGGUGACACAUUCAUUGCCGGAUCUAUUUUCUCCUUGUCUGGCGGAGGAGUAUCUAUAGCAGAGGCAAUUGGUCAUGGCUGUAAAGUGGCCGGGAUGAAGUGCGGGAUGAGAGGACUAAAGGGAUUAGCGUCUCUGAAAUCCUAAAUGUAUGGAUGCCCCCGUGUAAACUUCCGCUAUGGAUGAGGUGCUGCCCCGUAAGGUGCAUGUGUGUAAGACUGUGUGGCUCUGUUCUUCCUGGGUAAUGAGAAGGGAUAUUUCAGAUUGAAAAUACUAGUCAGGUCUAAUCAUGUCAAGAUAGUACUCAAGACGAAAAAGCUUUGAAUGCAAGAAAAGAAUAUGUACAUUGCAA